CUCUGAUAGACUCAGUCCUCAGAGCAGUGCCUUCCUCAUCUAAAUUCUUUCUUUGGAGAGUAGAAUUAUUCUUCUGGCUUCAGCUAGUAUUCCUGAGUCCGCAGAGUAUAAUUCGCAGGCCCCCAAAGAGAGUGCAAAGGAUACUAUCUUCCUCAAACCCAGAGUCACUCCCACAGACAGUCAAAAGAAAAAAACAACUUGUACGUAACAGGCGGGCAGAAAGCCAAGCCUACUUAUGCAAAAUGAAACAAGUAAGAAGGCAAUUCCUAUCCCUUGGAGAUAAAAGAACAAUACACAACGGAUUUGCAUUUGGAAAUGAAGGGACAACAGUGAGAAUUUCUUUUUCUCCCUGGACGGGGCACCACAGAGAUUCAGAAGAACUGAUUCUGACUAGCUGGAAAUUCUUGAAAGCAGAGGGUGUUCCUCCCCUACGGUUGGUGUGGCCAGCUGGAUCAACUUCCGCUGGAUAUUUGCUCUGAAGAUUCUGCAGCUUUGAGGUCUUGAGAGAUCUGACAUAGAGCUGGCAGAAGGACUUGCUCUGUUUAUCAGCAGUCAUUGGACUUCAGCAUGAUUACUUCUCUGUUGCUGGCUUUUGUGGCAAUUUUAGCUUCCUGUGUCUUGAAAGUCAGCUCCCUGGAUACCUUUAUUGCAGCUGUCUAUGAGCAUGCGGUGAUACUGCCUAACACUGCUGUAAUACCAGUGUCCCAUGAAGAGGCAUUGGCAUUAAUGAACCAAAAUCUGGAUCUUUUGGAGACAGCGAUCACUUCAGCAGCAAAACAGGGUGCACAUAUUAUUGUGACUCCAGAAGAUGGUAUCUAUGGCUGGAAUUUUACCAGGGAAACUAUCUACCCAUACUUGGAGGAUAUCCCAGACCCUGAGGUGAACUGGAUCCCUUGUAAUAAUCCCAACAGGUUUGGCCACACCCCAGUGCAAGAAAGACUCAGCUGCCUGGCCAAGGACAACUCUAUCUACAUUGUAGCAAAUAUUGGGGACAAGAAACCAUGCAAUGCCAGUGACCCUCAGUGUCCCCCUGACGGUCGUUACCAGUAUAACACUGAUGUGGUGUUUGAUUCUCAGGGAAAACUGGUGGCACGUUACCAUAAGCACAAUCUUUUCAUGGGUGAAAGUCAAUUCAAUGUACCAAAGAAGCUUGAGGUUAUAACUUUUGACACCAUCUUUGGAAGAUUUGGCAUUUUCACGUGCUUUGAUAUACUCUUCCAUGAUCCUGCUGUUACUCUGGUGAAAGAUUUCCAUGUGGAUACCAUAGUCUUCCCAACAGCAUGGAUGAAUGUUUUGCCACAUUUAUCAGCUAUUGAAUUCCACUCAGCUUGGGCAGUGGGCAUGGGGGUCAACUUCCUUGCAGCCAAUAUACACCGUCCCCAAAAGAGAAUGACAGGAAGUGGCAUCUAUGCACCUGACUCUCCAAGAGCAUUUCAUUAUGAUAUGAAGACAAUGGAAGGAAAACUCCUCAUCUCACGACUGAAUUCUUCACACCACCCUGUAAUGGUGAAUUGGACUUCUUAUGCUAGUAACAUAAAAGCAUUCUCAACAGCAAAUCAGGAAUUUAAAAGCCCUGUCUUUUUUGAUGAAUUCACCUUCCUGGAGCUUACAAGAGUCACAGGAAAUUACACAGUUUGUCAGAAAGAACUCUGCUGUCAUUUGAGCUACAAGAUGUCUGAGAAGAAACCAGAUGAAGUUUACGCCCUAGGGGCAUUUGAUGGACUACAUAUUGUCGAAGGGACUUAUUAUCUACAGAUUUGUACUCUGCUGAAGUGUAAAACACUGAACUUAAGCACUUGUGGUGCUGCGGUUGAAACUGCUUCCUCCAGGUUUGAAAUGUUUUCCCUCAGUGGUACUUUUGGAACCCGAUACGUCUUCCCCGAGGUGUUGCUGAGCGACAGUCAGCUUGCACCUGGAGAAUUUCAGGUGUCAAGUGAUGGACGCCUGUUUAGCGUGAAGCCGCCAUCUGGACCUAUCUUGACUGUAACCCUGUUUGGGAGGUUGUAUGAGAAGGACUCGAUAUUAAAGGCUUCAUCAGACCUCAGGGCACACGCACCUGGAGUAAUGCUCGGAGUUGUAGCACUGAUUGUGUGCUCAUUCAGUAAAAUGAUGUCAUUAGGGUGGACCUUAAUCCAAUACGACAGGUAUUCUAAUAAGAAGAGGAGAUUAAGACAUAGGCCUGCACAAAGUGGAAACUAUGUGAAGACACAAAGGAAGAUGGUCGUCAACAAGCCAAGGAGAAAGGCCCUCAUAAGAAAUCAACCUUAUUGACAGUUUGAUUUGGAUUUCUGGCCUCCAGAAUCUUGAGAAAAUAAAUGUUUGUUGUUUAAUCU